UCUUUUGACUGAAAUUCCGAUCCCACUGUACACUGCUUAUUGCCAUUGGCUAUAACAGGCUAGCAGCAGUACGGCCAAAUCAGCGGUAAAACUUAGGUCGUCUUGACAUGUAUGCUAAAUGUUUGUUAGGCGCCUGCAUCUCCUCUUGCAGUUGGCAUGUUGAUCACUUAUGCGCCAUUCGCAUCGGGAUUUUUUCUGUACCUCAUGUUCUGGUUGGCGAAGUCGUUCCCCGACUGGUUGAAUAUUCAAGCCAGGCAUUGUUCUUUCCCGUCGACGUUGAUCAGUCACAGUUCCACAUACUCCCCGCAUACUACACACCAACUAAUCUAGUUCUAGUUCUAGUUCUAGUCCGACUAUCUUGAGAUUCAAGCGGAGAAGAGGGUCCGCACAUUACUGUGACCAUGCGUCGACGUACAUACGCCCUUUAGGCCCAGUUGACUGACCAAGUCCCCAUUGUACGCCCUUUCGCCCCAUUGUGAGCCAAGAACCUGCCUCUUCUGGACUAAGUUGUAGUUGAUGUACACGCUUACAAUCCCACAACACUCCAAUACUCUCUAUCGUUCAAAGCUUAACCGUAAUUGUACUUGAGCUUAAUCUGCCGCAGCAGUUUGCUAUAUAUACAUAUAAUUGACAAGUUACAAAAUAACCAACUGCUGGGUACAUUUGCAAAGUAUACAAAGCUAUUAUUAACCAUCACUCAAAUCCAAGUCUACAAAACAUAAAGAAGGGAUCACUAUAAUGUCUCAGUCAACGUUGGAUAUCAAACAGGUGCGGGGUAGCUUCCCAGCCUUGAGCGUGGACCAAGUCUUUUUUGACAACGCCGGUGGAAGUCAAACACUGGACAAGGUGAUCGAUUCGAUACGUGAAUACCUGAGCAACACCAAUGUUCAACUGGGUGCAUCUUAUUCCACUGGCCAAAAGUCGACAGAUUUGUAUGACAAGGGGUAUGAGGCCGCGGCAAAGUAUAUCAACGCUUCAGUCGACAACAUUGUCCUGGGAUCAUCCACCACCCAACUCUUCCGCAAUCUAUCCCAAACCCUCAACUUCAGCCACGGAGAUGAGAUCAUCGUCUCCAAGAUCGACCACGAGGCAAACAUCGCCUCGUGGGUCGACCUCGCCGAGCGACAGAAGCUGGUCCUGAAAUGGUGGCUCCCGUCGCAGGCCAGCCUCGAUGCAUCGUCGCCGAAGCUCGAGGUGGCUGACCUCAAGGACCUCUUGUCUGACAAGACUCGCCUUGUGACCCUGACGCACGCGAGCAACAUCCUCGGCACGAUACACGACGUCAAGGCCGUCUCUGAUGCGGUGCACGCGCAAAAAGACGAGGCACUCGUGUGCGUCGACGGCGUGGCUUAUGCUCCCCACCGGCCUAUUGAUGUCAAGGCAUUGGGGGUGGAUAUUUACUGCUUUUCGUGGUACAAGGUCUACGGGCCUCACAUCUCCAUGCUAUACGCCUCGGACAGAGCCAACUCCCAGAUGAAGUCGCUGGGCCACUACUUCAACCCCUCAAAGACGGUAGAGGACAAGCUCGGCCUCGCCGGGUCCAGCUACGAGCUCGUCGCCUCCAUCCCCGAGGUGGUCACCUAUCUGGACGGCAAAGAGGCCGCCAUCGAGAAGCAGGAGACUCUGCUGUCCGAGACUUUGCUCAAGUACCUCAGGUCACGAGACGACGUGACCAUCUGGGGUGAAAAGUCAUCCGAUGGCCAGCUCCGUGUUCCCACCAUAUCCUUCACCGUCAAGGGUUGGGGAUCACAGGAGCUGGUCGAGACGGUAGAAAAGGGGACCAACUUUGGGUUCCGAUGGGGUAGUUUCUACUCGGUGCGUCUCGUUGAGGAGAUGCUGGAUUUGGGCCACGACGGAAUUACCAGGGUCAGCAUGGUACACUACAAUACCGUUGACGAGGUUGAGCGGCUUGUAGAAGCUCUGGACAAAACCUUGGCGUCCAAGGAGUAACUAUGCCUCAAUGAAUGUUCGCUCACAAUAUCAAAGGAGCGAUAGGACCUGCUCUUAAAUCGUCGUCCUCGUCAAUACUUGCCCCCUUUGCCCCUUUGAAUGUGAGUUAAAGAAGCCGUGUCUGAAAUCUCAACCUGCGUUAGCUUAGCCCUUAAAACAAAUUCUUGUACGCAUCUGUGCUGUAAAGCUAGUCUCUCGAGGGUGACUUGAGUCGCAUCAUACUAAGCUAUAAACGUUCAACUA